GAAAGAGAAGAAUUCAAAAUAGUACAAAAUAUUCCUGACCCGGUCAUCUUGUACUAUUGUGACUUUUUAUUCAUAUUAUUUAAAUAUUCUUGUGGAGCUAGAAUAGUUGCACAGAAAUAAUACAUAUAAAUUCGAAAAAAACAACAGAAAAAUGAUGAGAAACAACAAUGAGAACGAAGAAAAUGGGAAUAAUUUUCUAAUGGUCCCAGUGAGUCGGCCACUUCAUUUAGACACGACAUCUUUGCCAUCUCGGCCAUCGUCUCCAUAUCAAAUGGAUCAUUCACCGGCUCUCAGUCAGAAGAUCAAAGUUCCUCAAAAACAGUACAGUUCCCAAGAGGAUCCAUUGAGAAGAAUGGCAACUCCAGUUUUUGAUAAGCACGAGCAAGAAAAUCGUAAAAAAGGUCCCUCGUCAGCUGCAACGGUACUUGCCCUUUCUGGUCUUUUCGUCGUCGGCACCACCCUUAUUCUCAGCGGGAUUAUCGUUUUAAUUGUGCAACAAGAACCACCAUUUGUAGUCACUGGAUGUCUUUUCCUUGGAAUUGGAGUGGCAAUGCUUCUGGUUUGUGUGGCUCUUCAACGAAAGAAUCUUGUGAAAUUUGUACUCGACAUCAAUCGAGAUUUAUAUUUUUUGAAUAUGAGCAAAUCCUACAUGUUCAAAUCAAUGUUUGAGAUCAACACGGAAUUGCCAUUAUCACAUGCCGACUGAAUCAAAUAUAAAAUAUUUGAAAAUAAUAAUCAAUGGUUGAUUGAAUAUCUGUUUGUGGGGAAGAUAAACUGUCUGUUUGCAAAUAAAACGGGUAUAUUCGAAUA